UAAAAUCAGUGUUUAUUCGGAUCGCGAAUCAAAAACAACUUGCGAUUGAAAUCGAAGUUCGAAAAGUUAGUUGUAGCUAACCAGCUUUGGCCAAAUGGUAUCAAAGAGACCUGGAUCGUUGUGCUCCGGGUUUUCCCUUCUCAAGAACCGAAUCAACCGAACCAGCUAAAGUGAACUGAAUGUCUCUUAAUUGUGCAAUUGUUUGUUUAAAGUGCAUGUGAACAAGAUACGCUAAUAAAAGUCUUCGGAUCGGUGGUAAACUAUAAAACUAUAAAACCGCAGCUUACAUAAUUAGCCUGAUUAAACCAGGCCAAAGUUGGUCGGAUGUCAAAGGGUUUUGAGUGAAAGUACAAGUGAAAGCCCGAUCGCCGCCGACAUUUUAGUGCUGCAAACCACUUUAUCCCUAAAAUCAUAGAAGUCGGCACGUUGAGUUGAGCUCUUCAGCGGUGUAUUGUUGCUCUUCUGGUCGUUCACAUUGUUGCUGCCAUUUCAAUUUGCAAUCUGUGGAAAAGUGCAGAGCGCAAGGAAAUAGUGCCUGGCCAAAAGCCACAAGCACCAAAGGCAGCUGGCCACGGGGACGAGGAGAGUGGCACAAUAGACAAAGUGUAUCAAUUAUAAUACGGGCACAAGGCGAAGGAUCCCCAGCCGGGGGCCAAAGGAAGGGGAUCCGGGGUCCAGUAACCAGGAGCCGAAAAGCAGGAUACCAGAGUUGCAGCUAACACAAAGAGAAAAGGAACUAAAGAGGCAACCACACUUGCAGAGCCAUGUUGGCUACGACAAGUACAACCACAAUUACCUCGGAUCCGGGCAUCCUCUGUUUUCAUCACUGCAACGUGAAAGUUUUCUGCUUCACUUUGCCGCACACUUGUCCCCAUUGCAAUGCCCCACUGGACGCGGAUGUGGAUGCGCAUGGGGAUGUCGAUGGGGAUGCGGAUCCGAGUGCGCAACUAGACAGGGCCGGGCCACGCCUCCUCCUCCUGCCCUUCCGCCUGCCAUAUCCUUUUGUGCGGGCCACGCAGCAUCCGUGCGCCAUUGUCCUGCGUCCCUCCGCCGGCGAUUUCCUCAACGAUUACAGCAACGCCACCGAUUUGCAUAUCGCAGUGACCACAUCCGGCGGCGACAUCGUGGAGUUCGAUCGCUUUGGCCUUCGCCGCCAUCGGCGGGAUGAUAAUCCUCCGGAGUGGCGGCAGUCGCUGAUGGUGGGCGAUGUGCCGGAGCCGUGGCACGACUUUUGGGACGAGGUCCUGCAGCAGAUCUGCGCCCAAUCGGUGCGCUGGUCCAUCGCCAGUUAUGCGGAGGAGAGCCACAACUGCUACGCCUUCGUCCUGGCCUUCCUGCAGGCCCUCGGCCACGCCCACCUGAGCGAGGCCGCCCGCAGCAAGACCGCCUUCUGUGAGCAGUGCAUUGUUCCAAGGACGACGACAGCGGGCAAGUACAUCUCGCUGUAUCGCAAAAUCCGCAGGAGCGGCAUCUACGUCCAUCGCCAGCAGCCUAAAAACCGCAGUAAGCCAGCAUCCGCAACUCCUCCAAGUUCCUACCCCUCAGACUCGUGCGAUGGCCUUGGCAGCAGCAAAAAGGUCUCAAAAAAAGGAUACUCCAGCAGCAGUAUUACAGGACUUGCCAACCGCCCGCGGCCCACGCUCUGCACCAUCGAAGAGUAAUUAAUCGAUUAGAUAGAAAUUGUGUUUGCAACUUUGCAAAGACUUUAGCGUAGUUAAAUUUAAUAAAUUCAGAACAAAAAAUUGUACGUUACAUUUGUAUUAAAAAGGUAAAUUGUGGGUAC